AAAGAAAGAGAGUAUUAAUACCAGUAAUUGUAGAGCAUAGAUACAUGUGACAAAGCGGGCAGGGAUAGAAGUCGGCCUGUCAAGUCGCUGUUCUUCUUUUUCUUUUUUUAUAAAUUGUUUCUCUUACUCACUAUUUAACGUUAAAUCACAUCAUUUCAGAUUUGCAGACCAGCAACAACAAAAACCAAAACAAGAAAGAAAAAAACCAAACCCAUCUCAUCAGCAACCCCUUAUUUUUCUCUUUCUGACAUUUUCAUUAUCUCUUUGCUUUUGCUUUGCAUUCCUCUUCUUUCUUUCUUUUGUCUUGACAUUGGUUCUUGUUUUUGUGCUUAUUUAUUUGUUUUUGUUUCUUGAAAAGUUUGAAGCUAAAAACAUCCAUGUGCUUUUGUUUUGGUUAUUUUUGAGAACUGAAAGAGAAGAAGAAAGGAACCAAGAAAAAGAAAGCAACAUCCAAUAUUCUAUAGUUGGUUUGUUAAUUAGGAAAACUCACAUGCUAUUCUCCCCCUUUUCAACUUACUACUAUUACUUCAACAACUACCACUAGCUUAUUAUUAUUAGGUAAUUUUGUCUUAACUUUUUCAUUUUCUUUUGCCUUCUUUUCUUGCUGAGAGAGAGACUGUGUGUGUCUGUGUUUUUCAUUCCAAAGUGCAGUGAAGAAAUGACUAAAGAAGAAGACUUUAAACUCCUCAAGAUCCAGACUUGUGUUCUCAAAGUGAACAUACAUUGCGAUGGGUGUAAGCAGAAAGUCAAGAAACUACUUCAGAGAAUUGAGGGGGUUUACCAAGUAAGCAUAGAUGCAGAGCAACAGAAGGUAACCAUAUCAGGAAGUGUAGAUUCUGCUACUUUGAUUAAAAAACUAGUCAGAGCUGGUAAACAUGCUGAGGUUUGGUCACAGAAGUCUAACCAAAACCAAAACCAAAAGAACGACUGCAUCAAAGAUGACAAGAACAACAAAGGUCAAAAGCAAGGCAUAAUCAAAGGCCUAGAAGCCUUCAAGAAUCAGCAGAAGUUUCCUGCAUUCAGCUCUGAAGAUGAUGAUGACUUCUUUGAUGAUGACGAUGAUGAGGAGGAUGAAGAAGAUGAGCUCAGGUUUCUUAGGCCAAGGCAAUUGGGUUUAUUCAGGCAGCAAGUUGAUGGGAACAAUGCAAAGAAAAAUGCUGCAGCAACGGCAGCAGCAGGUCCCAACCAUGGGGGUAAUAAGAUGAACAACAAUGUUGGAAAUGGAAAUGGUCAAAAGAAAGGGAACCCGAAUCAGAACAUGGGAAUGAAGGUUAAUCCAGGUGGUGUAAUUGAUCAAAAAGCCAUGGCAGCUUUGAAAAUGAACAAUGCCUCAUUACGAGGUGGAAACAUCAAUCCUGGGGAAGCUGGUAGAAGGGGAAAUGACAUUGCUGCUAUGAUGAAUCUAGCUGGUUUCCAUGGAAAUAGUGCUAAUGUUGCCAAUUCUGCUGCUGGUGGUGGUUUAGGAGGCAAUCCCAAUGGUUUAGGAGGGUUUCAACAAGUUCAAUCAAAUACUGGGUAUCAAGGAUCUUCUGCAGCAGGAUUUCCCACUGUUGGAUUCACAACAGGUCAAUAUCCAUCAACAAUGCUUAUGAACAUGAAUGGGUAUAACCAUCCAGCAGCAAACAUGAUGAUGAACAUGCAAAAUAGGCAUGCCAUGCCACAGCAACAACAGCAUCAACAACCUCAGAUGAUGUAUCACAGAUCACCUUUUAUUCCACCUAACACUGGCUAUUACUAUAACUAUAGCCCUGCCCCUUACCCCUCCUACACUGAACAACCCACCAAUCACAAUGGUGACAACUCUACUGCAACUACCCAUAUGUUCAGUGAUGAAAACACAGGCAGCUGUUCAAUCAUGUAAAAUACUAAGAGAGUAGGACUAUGGUGGUUUUGACUAAAAGAAAAUGAAAUCUUUAGCGGAGUCAGUAGCUUUGUCAGUAUCCUCUGGUGAAUGUCUUCAGGAGGUUGGGUUGGGAUGGGAUGUUUUAGUAAAAUCUUAUCAGUGUAUUGUGUAGUUGUCAGGAUUAAGUUUUUAUUUCUUUUCUUCUUUCUUCUUCUUCUUCCUUUUUUCUUUUUCAGAAGUCCGACUCUGUUUCCAUAUUUGUCUUUGCUUUUAGUGGUUGCCAAGCCACACUUCUACUAGUAAAUAAUUGAGAAAGAAAAUAAUUUCA